AUGUGUUGGCGGCGUUGUAACAUUUUUGCCACAUUAGUCCUUCAUAUAACAUCGUGUUUCAGUGUUCCGCUAAGUGAUUUCUAUCCUUAUGGAGUCAGCGAGGGUGAUAAUGCACUUCCGCCAAAUGACGACGGCAGCUCAGGAGAAAUACCAAUCUCAAUUCUCUUCCCGUAUUUUGACAAGAAUCACGGUUCCUUAUAUGUAAGUAGGCAGUAUUUAUUUGCACUUUUGAUCAUGAAUUAUAUUUACACUCAGAGAUAUAUUUCAUAAGUUUAUUUUUUAAAAUAUUGAAUUGCCUGCAUUUAAAUCGACUUUGAUUGGACGUGAUAUCAGCGCUAAACUUUGCGGAAUUGAAAUUCACAGAUUGAAAAAGUUUCUCCUUUUCUUACUUCAUUAAAGAUUCUUGUAAUGCGCUUUAAAUAAGAAUGUUUCGAGAAAAUUGUACAUUGAUAGCGCCUGUGAUUUCUCGUGGAUUAAAAUCCCUUUGAACUACCGGCGUGACAGUUAAAAUUUUUGUCGGAACCACAUUUGUCUUGCUUAAUUAAGUAUAACUGAAUGCUGCACUCAUCAAUUAUGUUUUAAAACGAAGUAUGAUUGUCCUUUAAAAUUCUAUCUUUAUAUUUUUGUGAAUGAUACAAGUUGCCCGUUUAUUCCGCCAUAUCUUCACUGCCCAACAAUAUUUUCAGUUCUAUCGCAUUGUUUAAGUACUCCAAUACGCCACGAGUGACCUUUCUACUCCACCAAUGUGUUUCGUACGUGGUGUACGUCAUGAGAUAUAUUAGGCUCUUCUUGCACAGAAAUCAUCUCGACCUUAGCAGAAGACGAAUAGAACGCAUGCAAACAAAUAGAAAAAUACUUGAAUUCAGUAUACAAGACAGACCGUGCAUUAAAAGCAUUCGUGAUAGUCUGGCGGGCACAACAGUUUGGUAGUUGUUUCACUAAGUACUUGAGUAUUGUCGAAAUAUGUUCAAGGGUAAUAUUUCAGACAUUUAAAACAAUCAGAUUAUCAGAUCGAGAUCUUUGUCGCGUGAUAGUUGAUAGUUGCCUAUUAGUUGAUGCGGGAAAAGUCAGGAUCAACUUUCACAAUAACAAAUCGAGAGUGAAUAAUCUUACAGUUUAAGUUGUUAGAAAUUUGACAACUAGAGAGUCUAAUGUUUUUAUUUUGAUGAAAAAAUAGCGAGUAUCACAAUUUUCAUUUUAUUUUUACCUUCAACCAGAGCGGCUUAUCGCCUAGCUGAGUCCACGUUGGAAGACCGUAAGCUUUUCCUCUAUGUGAUCGGUCAGCGGAUUAAAUCAGAAGCAUAUAUCCUUCAAUGGGGGUCAAAACUCCUUGGGAAGUUAUUGAAAACAUGUCCUAGUAUGCCCAAAUAUACUAAAAAAAACUAAGUACUUUUAGCCAAUUCAGGCGUGUAAACAGAACCUCCACUCCCUCGACCCACUCACAAUGUUCGUUAAAGUACGUAUUGGUAAAGUUUACGAAGCGCAUCAAAUUCAACUUUGUUUGAGGGAGAAAUAAUUCGUUUUUAGUAUUAUUGCGUAAGUGUCCCAAGACUUGCAAACUCCAUUUUAGUUUAUCUGAGUAUGAUUUAACACAUGUAUCGUAAAAUUAAAUAAUUUAACCGGGGAAGUUGUGAAGAAUUAUGUUUCAUAAGGCUUCCAGGGAGAUUAUCGACUUCAGAAUAAUCUUCAUCUCUGAUUUAACUUUUCUCUGUGUGUGAUUUCAGGUUAACACAAAUGGAGUUAUCUCAUUUCUGGGUGCAGUGAGUCAAUACACCCCAGCUCCAUUCCCCUUGGGGGACAACCGACGUCUUAUUUCGCCAUUUUGGGGUGACGUGGACACCAGAAAAGGAGGAACUGUAUUAUACAGGGAGUCUAUUGACUCUGUAUUGUUGGACCGAGCUACAAAAGAUGUUCGACGGGCAUUCUUAAAUCACCAGAGAUUCUCAGCCUCUUGGAUUUUCAUAGUGACCUGGGACAGAGUGGCAUUCUAUGGAGCUGAAGGAAACUUUAAAAACAAGGUAAUAGGGAAAGAUAAAGUUUCCGCUUUGUCACAGGCAUCGAACUUCUGACCCUAGAAGUGCUACCUCUGACCUCAUUCUUUUCUUCUUUACACAUGACGCUCUCUAAAUUGCUGAUCCUAGCAGUAAGCAGGACGCGUGUUACAUAAGAACCUUGCAUCGGUCCAGCUCUUUUUCUUAUGUCCCAUGCUUGUGAAAAGACGUAAAAUGUCUUUCCCCACUUCAUUACUGAACGCAAAAUUUACCGUCUUUCCUAUUCUAACUUUAAAAACAAGGUAACAAUAGUUAAAACCCCAGCAGGGCUAUGAAGACAAAUAACCUUAAUUCACAAUGGUUUAAGCAGAGGAUCUCGUGUAAAAGGGGAAGUGAUUUACAAAGAAAUUGCAAUUUUGUAUCUUUUCAGGUGAACAAUUUUCAAGCAGUGCUGGUUACAAAUGGACGUCAUUCAUUUGCCAUAUUCAAUUACAAUCAAAUCGUGUGGACAACUGGUACAGCUAGCGGAGGGACUCAGGAUGGAUUGGGCGGUACCCCUGCUCAGGUGAGUGUCUGAAUGUAAAGUAAGAGACAAUACACUGACAAGUAAAAGAAGUGAGCCCACUGGCUUUAUUACCACGAUCUAAAAAAAAAACCAACUUUUAUAAACUUGCAGGUUGCAAUGAAACGCUCUUUCAAAUAGUUUAUAGCCUUCAAAUAUUCUCUCUCCUGCCCUCGCCCUACAGUUGUGUAGCCUGCGUGAGCACAAGAGUGCUGCGACAGGAGCAACGAAGUCCACGGGUUUCGGGCCUACCCGUGAGGCGAGCGUGCAAGAAGUUUGCAAAGAGUCUGCGAGGGCUCUGCCCCGAGAAUGAGACCCCUUUCAGACCUCUUUCUCGCCCGUUUUCCUCGCCAACUCGAAUCUCGAGGGCCUCCAUGCUCAUACCGCAUCUUUAAUGAGACUUCACUUCUCAAAAUGUUUUGUUAAAGAACAUAUGGCCGAUGGAAUACCCAAAUAUCUUUGGACCUACUUAAUUUAAUGAACUAUAACCAUAGCACAUUUACGAUUGUAACUCUAAGAAAGCUUAAAACGUCACCCAAGAGAAAGGUACUAAUCCAUGCGCUGAGCUCGCUUGGAAAAGAUACUCAUAGAUCGGCAGAGUCGAACCCUUUCCUUUAUCUGCAGCUGUGGCCAAAAUAUUACACAAUGAUCAAGAUGUUACCUUAGAUGUAUGGAAUUGACCGUAGAUUUGACUUGGAAUUGCAGGGCGGGUUUAAUGCUGGAGAUGGGGUGAGGUUCUUCAUUAUCCCUGGCUCCCGAACAAAUAACAUCCUUAAUCUUCCUUCCACCUCAAACGUUGCUCGAGACGGUCAGUGGAUGUUCCGAACCGAUGAAGCAAGUGUGGAAGCUGGGGGAUGCAACACAAAAGGUACAAAUUGUAAACACAAGUAUAGUUUAAAUAACGGAGUCAAAAGCACAAAUCUGUAGAUGUCGCUGGAGAGGACGUUCAGCAAAUAUACCUUAAAAGGGAAAAAUAACUUGAAUUAAGAAAAUCUAAAUAGGGAGUCAAUGGAACAGACCAAGAAACUUUGGGAAAAGUGACUUAAAACUGUACGGAAACAAUAAUUUUAUCUUCCUAUAGUUUUUGUUACUUAGCUUCGUUUUUUAAACGGCACACAACCCUCUGUAAUCAUCAUGCAACAUUUACCGCGAAACAUAAAAGUGUUGCAGAUUGUACUAUCCUUGCUCCACAAAAUGUGUCGUUUUCAAAAAAAGAAUCUAAAUGAAUGAAGAACCGCAAACAUUUACCACGUUCAGUAGGCGCGCUAUCAUUAGUUUUUCCUCACUAGUUUUUAUUUUUUGGACUCACGCGACUGACUUCUCCGAUAAGAGGGGCCACUCGUCGUCUAAACAGUUCCUGAUACCGUAUUUCGGUUAUACGCUAUGCUAACAUUGCAUUCAUCUGCUUUCUUCUUAUUUAACAGGAUCUCUCACCAUAUCACCCCGAUCUGGGAUUAUGUUAGGAGGUACAAACGUGAAAAUGAGUGGACCUUGCUUCACUGCAAAUGAUAACAUUGUGGUUCAACUCGACAAUGAUGUCAACAUUAAUGCAACUUUUAGCGAUGAGCUAACGUCAUCCGUUACCAUACCAGUGUUGAACAAGACAGGACGGCUGUCAUUCAAGUUAUCUACUGACGGCGGAAAUUCAUUCAAUUACAAUGGAGCGUACACAUCAGGUACGUUAUCAACAACAAUAUUUUUAAUUCUCCGUUGAGCUCAUUUUUGUCAUCAAUCAAAAUUGUAAAUUUAAGGAAAAAUUAAAAAGAAGGAACAGAAAUUUUAUCUUUUUAGACAAAUUUUUUAAUGUCUUUGUUUGACAACCAAGUUCAAAAUUUGAAAUAUAAAUAUAUUUAAUCUCCACUCAAGUCGCUCUAGCCAUAAGAUCCUCAAGUUCUCAUGAACGAGUCAUGCCUGGCUUAAAUAGUUCUUGGUGUGGUAGAGUAUCUGAUGGCGAAAUGAAACCUCGCUGAGGUUCGAAUCUUCACAACGCUAUCAGAUGUUCAUAAUAUAUUUCAAGGGCAACAUUCACCAUUGGCUAUGUUCAAGUUUCCAGGUCGUUCAAUUUCUUCCUUUUCUAAUAGGAACAUUGAAAAAUGUUAUCUCUUUUGUUUCAGUUCCCAUAAAUCGAUACACUCCCGAGGUCCAGCGAGAGGACGGUGAUACAUGGCAGGAGGAUUCCACGGUUGACAUUAGUUGGGAUUCGGGAAGCAUCGGAGGACUUGACGAGGAAGUGUCGAUUGACUUGGCGCGCUAUAAAAUGGGAGAUGAUGACGUCCCCGUACUGGACAGCUUCCGUCAAGUAGUAAACAAUCAACUUAAUUCUGGACAUAGUCGGUUUACUGUCACAAAAGGAGAGGGAGACGGGUAAGGGUGAUUCUUUUAGCAGUAAUGCGCGGGAAAGAAAAAAAAGUUAGUUUGGCAUGCUUUUUCAUCAUAUGAAUAACAUUCUGCGUGAAACUGCAUUGUCGCUCAGUGGCGUUAAACGCAUGUCUGUGGACUGUUUGUGUUGAUAAAUGUAUAUAGCGCAGCUAUACGUCUUCUGAAUCACUGAUCAUGAGCAGGGAACUCAGACAGGAGAUGAAAAUAGUUUCUAAAUAUCUUUCGGUGUGGUUUUGUUGAAAAAUUCAUUGUUUAAAAAAAGUCUAUUUGAAUGGGGCGUGCGCUCUGCCAGUUAAGAACAGAACACAUUUCAGUUGUUACGUCAGUUGCAAUUCACUGUUCGUUUUUGUCAGCGAGUUUUAAGGUGCAUAUUUUGUGUCACAAAAAAAAAAGUGCUCUGUUUCGGUAGUCACAACGAAACUGGUUUCAACAGCAAUCGGCGGUAGAAUGGAAUAUUCGAGUAAACUGCGUGGUAAAGAAGAAAGUGUUUAUAACAAAGUUGCAAGAGAAUUCCGCGAACUCGAGAAGAAUGCUGACAAGUACUUUGAAAACUUGGACGCUGUCGAAGAAAUGUGUUACCAAGCAAAAAAAAAAACGCGGAAACAUUUCGACUGAAAGCUGAAGCCGUAAAAGAGAUAUUGAAGAAAGAUGCUGCCGUGAGGGUCAAAUUGUAUUCUACCGUCAUAGAAAUGUAAGAAAAACUGAACCGAUGGAUAUCAAAAAAGAACCGACAUGGUCAACUGAGGAAAAGAUGCCAGAAGCAGCUGAGAAUGCUCACCGGCUAACUGUCACUGGUCGAGUGUGUCGCUAUGUCAAGAUUGGAUGUGCUUUGGUGUUUGACGCAGUAGCUGCGUAUGGUCUCUUUAAGCUUACUCAGCCAUACUUUUUUUAAAAUCACUACGCCGGGCCCUUAAAAAAAGAUGGGCCUAUCACUCGGUAAGGGAACAAAAAGCCUACAAGCAGUCCCCCUUUUUGCGAACUCUGUCGCGCGAGUAAAAAAAAAAAGGAGGAAGAUUUAUGUUCCUCUACUCCAUAUCAAAAAAUUCAGGCCCUUGAUUUCGAAAGAUACGUAAGACAAUGAUUGGCUUGGGUGUUUUUUCUCAAAGCUAAUCCUCUUGUUCCACUAUUAUUUUGUAGGAACAUUGAUGAUCGCUUUAUCAAUCUAGUUCGAGUUUCAAGAAAAAACAGCUACAGCAACGUGUCUAAGUCUCAGUGGGUGUGGAGUGGAGUGUUUUCUUGGAAGAAUGAGCCGCGGGCAGAGAGUAGAUGUAAAAAAUGGCAUCAGAAGGAACCUAAUCCAGACACAUUCAGAGGUAUUUAUUAGAGACCUUAAUUCCAUAUGUCUUCGGGAAGAAACAGAUUAACGUGUUGUUAUCGGAAAAUAUGCUCUCCCACACAGUCGCGUUUAGGACUGAUCUAUCGAUGCUUCUUAAUUUUGUGUCUUAAAGUCCGGAUUCAAACGGAAGAGCCUCAAAAAUUCGAAUUUGGUUAUCGCUGAAGUUAACUCGAAUUAGGACCAUUUUCUUAGAAGAUGAUUUUUCAGUCAUCAGCUUCGGCCACCUCGAAAUCCCCAGCACGUCAAAAUGUUGUAAGCGUCCUUGUGGCAAUUCGUUAUUAGCACAUUAGGAAUGAUUCUUCACUCUCGUAUUCCCUUUCUCUGAGAAGACGUGAGUAUAAAUGGGUGUUAUAUAGCCGUCAGGAGAACCUAGAAGCUGCCAUCCGAAAGGAUUAGCAAUGCUGCUAAACUUUUCAUGCUUCAAAGAGCAACGUAAGCUCCUAUAGAGGGUUGUGGGGCUAAACAUGGGUUAGUAUUCCAACAGAGUGAUGGCAAGACCCUCCUAUUUCGCAUAUAAGAAAACGUUCCUGCAUGCUUAACGUUAGCGGGUAGUUUUUAACCAGGUGAAAGUAGUGACAAGGCGAGAAGGAUUUUGACUUAUACUGUUGUAUUCCAUCAUUAAGGAGAUCCCAGCAUGCAGCCAUGCCCUUUGAGGUUGACUCAGGCUAUGGUAGAUCGCGGGCGCUUCAUGUCUGAUGAGGAAUGCAAUCCCCAAAAUCGCGAUGGAUGUGAUCGAUACCACAAGGGAGCUUUCCAGUGUUUUUUAAUGGUCAAUCCCAGGUCAGUUAUGCUUAAUUUUAGUUUAGUAGAAGCUUACUGGCAAACAGCCCUGAGGAAAUGCAGUGAGAUAUCAAAAUCGUCUUUUCUAACUGCUGAUUUUAAGAAGCCCCGCUGUGCAACGAAAAAAAGGAACUCAUAAGCAGGAAAGAGAGGCUAAUCAGUGCAGAGUUGUAACACCAAAGAUAACUUUGCCUCGAUUUAAUUCACUGGACCCAGUAUUUCCUGUCUUCGUUCGAAUAGAUAUCGAGCGGGAGCAUUGAUUUACUUUCUUCUUCCAUAGUGCCACAGGCUCUGGUCAGCAGUGCUGCUUUAACAAGUUUGGAAACUUAAUGGUGGGCCAACCAGACGCAGGGUCCCUUGACCGCGUUCAUCCUAAUGCUGGUCUCCCUGUGAUAUCUCAUUUCUUCCAUGAUAAGGUGCCGUACGAAGACUGCUGCCGCAACUCUAAGAAUUGUGAAAAGUACUUUGAGAAGCGGCCUUCAGACGACGGCUCAAGAUAUCAAGCACCAAGACCCGGUAAUUCUUAAUCACUUCAUAAGUGUGAUGUAGCGUGUGGGUGACGCGAUAACCCAGGGGUCGGAGCGUAUAAAAUGUGGUCGCUCAAAAUUCACAAUCGAAAACGAAAAAUGUACGAAAAGGCUGAACACGCACUGAGAAAAGGAGCGGGCGUGUUACUCUCCUGUGUGACAAUGCCACAUAUUUAAAAGUUUACAGUAUUUCCGAGUGAAGUCAAAUUCGCUCUAUAAACAUAGGAAUGAUUUGCGUAUUUGAGUAAACGCGGUAGUACGAUUUGUUAAUAGCAAGUCUGUUUGAAGACAGAUCUAAGCGACAAAAUAAUCCCCUUACCCAUCAACAAAAUUUUGAAAAAAAAAUUGACGAGACAAAUUCUCAAAGGUUUGAGUUAUUCAUAAAUAAAUACAUUACAUUUCAAUUUUUUAAUACAAAUGAACCCAGCUGUCUCGAUCGAUAGCAGACCGCAGAAAUGACGCGCACCGUCCAAUUACACGGGAGUGGCACGUAAAAACUUUCCUUUUACAUUUUUCAGUUACUAUAUCCAAUUACAAGCGUAGCGCAAAAGUUGUACUAAUCUAGACAAAGCGCGCUGCUAAUUAUCAACUACAUUUGGGCAUUAUGUUUUACUUUUAAUUAAAAGUAGGGAAAAAAUGUAUGUAUAGUUCUUUGAUAGUGAUUUCCCUUAACAGUUCACAUCUUCUUUAUUUCAAUGAAUACGUUUUUUCGUUGCCCAUAGCUACCGGUUUUGGGGACCCACACAUGGUGACCUUGGAUGAGAAGCCAUUCACGUUCAACGGAUAUGGGGAAUACUUCAUUUUAAAAGUGAAAGGGGUAGACUUCACCUUGCAGGGGCGUAUGGAGCCUCUAUUAGCAGACGAUGGAUCGCCCUCAAAAGCCACGGUAUAUACAGCAUUUGCAGCCAAAGAAAAUGGAUCAGACGUUGUACAGGUCAGGAAAAUAUGGGAAAUACAGAAAAAUAUAUAUAUAUAUAUGUGGUGAUGGGGCAAACGAGAAUUCACAUUUGAUAAGUAAGUUCCGUGAUGUAUUUAUAUAAGGCCGUCAUCGCCAUGCUGGAUACAAGGUGGCCUAUUGGUCAGCAUGUUGGGCGUGAGCACGAUAGAUCUACACAGGUCCAGGUUCCUCCGUGGCUGUGCCAGGAGACUGGAUCAUCAUUGAUGGGCCAGCAUGUCCUCGUUCUUUUGUGAAUAUAAUUAAACUAAUUGUUGCGCUUAUUUAAACUUUUUUUCACUUCUUCUGCUUAAUGUAGAUCCAGUUGAAUGGUCGUGGCUUAGUGGAUGUUUUGGUGAAUGGGGAAAGAGUUGAUUUUGAUGAGCUCUCCCUUCUGGAAUUUACCGGAGUCUCUGUGUUGUAUUACAUCAACACUACUAAAUAUUCCGUUAUUUUUAACUCCGGCAUCUCCGUGACAGUUGAAGGCCAGCAAGAGUUGCUUGGUCUCGUGACUUUGGUACCAACAGUUUUUAAAGGUAAAAAUCAAGAGAAGGUAGAAGAAUUUAAAUUGAUUUCAAUUAUUUCUCUACCUUUUGCAAGUAUUCGUGUACACAGUUUAUCUUUAACGUUUAUAAGUCUUUCUAAGGAAGAGAAAUAUACUUAGCUAUACUCAUUUUGAAUAAGUUUUGCCCGGCUGAGAGAGGGAGAGGUCCCAAGGGGAUAGUUGACUCUUCUCUUUUUAUCAAAGAAGAGAUGUUAUGUUACACUUGCAAUCGAAGUUCGCGAUCUUUACUCUUAGUUCUCGACAGAGUUUUCCAUAGUUGAUUGAUGGCCCAAGCGUGAUGUGGGUUGGUCUUUAGUCGAAGGGAAACGGUGACAAAUCGUAAAUCGCGGGGAAAAUGUACGACCCUCUGCAGUAUUUGUAACGUGUAUUAAAUUGGUUUGGGGAAACAUUGUUGGUUACUCAGAGCGGCCUCACAUAGAAAAGACGCACUUCGAAAGCAAAACGAGCCCAUUUGAUAUUUAGGCUUAAUUAAGUUCAAACAAAAAAUUUGGAGAAAAUAAAGGAUUCACGAGGGUGAUUUUGAAUGAAAAAAAUAACUGAAGGAUGGCCCCCUAAACUGACCAAUCGCAACGCGUUCAGUAACUGUGACAUUCCAAAUAAACAAAACGGCAUUACAUACCCAACCCCUAGAAUGGACAGGCUAAAUAAUUGAAGCAAGUAUCCGAUACUGAGAGUGGAAAGAUAAACUGUUCAUUGCAGGUAAUACUUCCGGUCUCCUUGGAUACUGGGAUGACAGUAAAGAGACGGAAUUCCUCAAGCCCGAUGGAACAUUUCUAAAUACAAAUUCGAGUUUGGAAAUCAUACACAGGGAGUUCGGACAAUUAUGUACGUAACUUUCAGAUAUGAUUGCUUUAUUGUAUUUUUUCAAAUGUUAAUCCAGGUUAGGAAAUUAUCUUUGAAGUUUCGCUAGUCAUAAAACGCAAGCAGAGCCUUUUCAAAUUUCAGAUUUCUUAAUCAAAAUAUUAAAAACCUAUGUGACCGGUUAUUAGUAUAACUUUCGAAUUAGAAAUAAAAUUUUUGUCGACAUUGUUUCCUCAGUGCAGAUACUGCUUAGUUGUACUGUAUCCAUUGAGAUUGUCAUCCCCUCUGUAAUGAGUUCUAUCAUUAUGAUUUUAUUUUCUUCCGCCUUAUUUCAUCUCACGAUUAAGCUACGAAAAAAUUCUGUCAAGGUGUUUUGGUCUUACUUAGAACAAAAGAUCUCAAUAAAAUUUAAUGAUAUGAAACUACUUUUGGGACAACAUAGGCUAAAACAACGAGACAAGAGCGACACAGGAAACUCCUUGGGUACCAUUUAAUGGCGCUAUCCCUUAAAAGUGCACUUGACUGUUACAUCUUUUCUUUCGUCCGCAGGGGUCACCAAACCUGAUGAGUCUCUCUUUGUCUAUCAACAAGGGCAGGACCACUCCACGUUUCACCAUCCGAAUUUCCAGCCAAUAUAUCCUGACAGUCAAAACUUGGACUUUACCGAUAAGGUGCUGGAGAAGGAGGCCCAGAAUGUCUGUGGAGAUAGCUCCGAGUGUUUGUUCGAUAUUUUCACAACUGGCAAAGUGCGAAUCGGACGAGCAACAAAAGAGAUUGUGACUCAGUUUGUUACUGUUGUAAACGACACUGUGAAGCCAGGUUAAUAUUAAUUUUUAUAGUUUAUUGAAAUAGCUAAACAUCAAUUCACAAUAGUUGAUCUGUCAAUUGGAGUAUUCACGAGCUCCUACAAUUCUUAAUUGCAAAACGAGAGGUGCUUUUGAGUGAAAAUGAGUUUUCUUUAUAUUUCGUCCAAAAGGCUUUUCACUUCGUGUCUGCGGCUCAUAACAGAGCUUUCGGCGUCACGUAAAUUGAACAACGAGACAAGCCUAUGUUGGGCCUUUUGGGGUGAAAAUGACUUUCAUUUACAGAAGAAAAAAGUUAUUUUUGUCCAGAAGGCUUUGCACUCCGUGUCUGCAGUUGAAAACAGAGCUUUGGGCGUCCUGUCAAUCGCUCAAUUCUGUUAGCGGUGUCCACCGGUGCAGCGAUCUUUCAUGCAUGAGAUAUCGAUUAUAUUCAUACAGAAGAAAAUUUUUACACCAAGUCAUUCUCCAACGAUUCUUAGCGUCCCAAGGACCCGAUACCAAACGAAAACGCAUCUAAGGAUAUUUUCCAUUUCCCGUAUUGUUCCAGGUCUCUUUCCUGUUUUCUCAUGGCUAAAGGCUGAUAUGUCCAUCGCAAGGUUUGCUAAAUUGUGUGAUGUUGUCUCUAUUUUUCAGCUUGCGUACCACUGGACUCGCAGCUGACGAAUGGGGUUGUUCACAGAAAUGACACCGAUGGCGGGAUUGAUUACAAGUUUGCAUGCAAUGAAGGUUUCUUUAUGAACGGUUCUAGUCACGUGACGUGUAAAGAUGGACUUUACAAUGGCUCGGCUCCAAACUGCUUGCCGAAAGGUAAAGUAGACCAAUAAUUAAUUUUUUUUUGCAACUAUUUUCAUUCACUGCAUGCCUUAAAAAUUGUUACGUUGACUAUAAUUGCGUUUUGCUCCCGCGUGAUCAUUCGAUAACAUCGAUAAUUGAUACCGUUUGAUAACAAGUGAUAUAAAUGGAUACAACUUAGGUCAGCAUGGAAAUAAAAUUGAUUGAUUGAUACUUCCACAUCAAAAUUUGAACGUUUAGUCUAAUAACGCGGCUGAGAUUUGACGUAUGGAAGGCUGCAGUUGAUAGCAGUGACAAGAGGUUUCGAUAACUUGAGCGGAAGUCUUCAACAAAGUCAAGGUUGUAGAAACGUUAGUCACUACAACCGACAAUGGUAUUCCCCGGCAAUCUCUCUUAUCUGAAGAAUCAAACCAGUUUUUGUAACACCGAACUUGGUAAAUUUUUCUAUGAUACUUUAAUCAGCCUUAGGAACGAAAGAAUUAAGGUCAUAGAAAUCAUUUUUUUUAGUGCAGAGACGCUGUAAUAGUAUUGGACGCUUUCAAGAAAUGCAUCUUUUGCCAGAUAAUUCACGAUAGCCUCUCUAUCGAACCAACAAUUGUUUCAUUCGUUUGCAUACGUCCAUUGAGAUUUGAAGCUCUCGGAAAGUUAAAGGGGCAAGCAAGAAAUUUUAGAGUCACUCGAGGCGCGGCGGUACUACAAUUUUUUAUUUUAUUUUAUGGAAACGUUUUCUGAUACCCUCCAAUUUGAUAGCAUGAAAUUUCAGUCUUUAUGUCUGAAAAUACUUAAAUGAUAGGUUAGCAAGUUUUUAGCGGGAAACUAAGUUGUUUUAAUUUACUUUCUUAACUUUCGUUUACAUUUUCAUUUCGCCUCUUUGAAACUGCAAAUUAACUUUUGUUAACAAGAAAAAAAAAUCUGCUUAAGGUGGCUAAUUUGAUUGUUCAACUUUUGAUCUCAACUGUAGGAGCAGUCUUACUAAUCACCGGGGGAAAGUGGGGGUAGGUUUUUAGGGAGGAUCAAAGGGUCAGAUGGUUUCCAGGAGAAACGAAGGGGAGAUCCGUCGUCGCCGAAAGAGUAUAAAAGGGGGGGGGGAACUAUAGAUCAUUGACUGCCAAUUAACUGCUAAUGAGGGGAAAUAUUCAUAUGAAUAUUACAGAGCUAUCUAUAGGGGGGGAUCAAGCAAAUUAUAUCGGGACUCAGCCAUAUUCCAUUGAACCCCGCCUCCCCUCAUAGGAGAUAAUAAUGACCGGUCACUUAAGUCUUACUGUAAAUAAGAACGGAAAGAGGCACAGGUAGAUGGUGAGUGUGUCACUGAUGUCCCCGUGGUAGGUAAUUACCUUUGAAAGGCAGAAAAAAAUUAAUCAAAUGACCGAGUGAUAACAUUACACAUUUUGAUUUCCUCUUUAAAAGAAUGCCCAGUUCGUCUUUGGCAUCUUAAGAAUGGUCGCUUUCACGGGAACGGCAGUGUUUAUCUCUCAACGUAUCAUUUCCUGUGCAACGGUGGAUAUGUCUUGGUUGGUGACAGUACCGUGACAUGCAAGGCGAAUGGCUCAUGGAAUGGUACAAAACCCGUCUGUUUGCGAGGUAUCAAGUUCAGCCUUAAUACAUUAGAUGGGUUUCCUAGAAAAGAACGAUCGCGGAUCAAGGAUUAGGAAUGAAGGAUCGAGGAUGGAUGUUUAAGGAUCGAUCAUAAUGAAAUCAUCAAUUUUUUUGAAGACAAGGAGAAGUUAAACUGCAUUCUUUGAAAAUUAUAUACGUGCAACUUUCCAGUGUUAAUGCAUACAUCCUCAGUUUUGUCCUUGAUCACAAAGCUAAACUAUGCAAAUCACCUCGUGGUUAUUGCAUUUCACGUAGUCAAAUUGUGUUAUCUUUGUAACUCAUCAAAAAAGUAAUUCCCUCUAUUAGGCUCACUCUAAUUUCACUACAUUCACUUUAUUCCAGGUGACUAGAGUCCAAGUCACUUCCUCGCGUAACGAUUUAACACAUUCUUGACACCCGAUCCUCCUUCCCUCGAUUCCAGUUCCUUGACUGUCGUUUCUCUAUCCUUGAUCUCGAUUAACGAGAAAAUAAGUUCGCUUUCAAUUCGCAAAUGACCAUGAGAUCUUUUUAAACAAUGGAGAUCAUGAUAAACUCCAUCCUCAAUUCAAAUGGUUAUUUUUCUCCGUUUUGUCGCUAAGUUGGUUCAAAAUAACAGCCGAUCAGAUCAUGUUGUCAUGAAAGUGAUGCUGUUGAAAUAAAACCAGUAAGGAUAAAAAUUACCUCAAGAAAAUGAAACUAGAACAAAUGUAUUUUCAAUUCUUCAUUUUCCGCUAAAAAUCGAGAUGUUUUUUAGUUAUUGGGACAAAAAAAGUGAAUUUUACUCCGUCAGGAAAAAACUGGCUCGCCAAAAAUUCUAAUUGCGAAGGAUAAUUUGCCUUGGAAACCUAAAGAGACGGCGUAAUACAAUUCCCGGUAAAAUUAAGGGAAAAUAGUUUUAGAUAUGAUUAUACGAUCUCAUGAUCGAUUGUUCUAAAUGACCUAAGAGUUGCCUUAAAUACUUGCAGAAUGCCCAGGGCUCCCUUCUUCAAUAUCAAACGGCGAAGUCAAUGGUUCGGGUCACUUGCAAGGAUCACACCACAGGUUUAGCUGUCGCCCCGGUUACUCUCUGGUAGGCCAAGCCACUUUACACUGUACCGAUGAGGGAAGGUGGAAUGCCAGUGUUCCCAUAUGUAUGAGAGGUACAGAUAUCUAACUCAAAUUAAAUUUGACAAAUGGCGUGUGGUUACAACACCUAUUGCAGAAAUCGUUGCCGCAUGUUUUGCAUUUUCCGAACUGCAAAACAUGUGUUUUAUUAAGUUACAAGGUCUUAUGUUAUGUAAACAGCUAACACCAGCGCUUUUUUUGGUCGUAGAGAUGCAGGUAGAGAUAUUUCAAAAAUUACCCCCUUAGUUAAGCUUGCGCACAAAUCCUUUAUCGACGCAAUUUACCAGAACUACGUCAAGUUACAUUGAGUCAUUAAUUUUAGGUAGAGAAGCGAGCCUUCAGUUAUAAAGAUGAUUCAAAAUCAUGUUUGAUAAGAUAGAAAAAACACAAAUGAGUCAUUCAAUCACAAAUUAAGAAGGAGCAAGAAUAGAGAAGGGUGAAGUGGACUGCAAAUAUCAGCUUUAAGAAUUUAGAUAACCCAUGGACUAAUGAGCUCCUUUGAAGGAAUGACUUUCCACAUUAUUAUCUCUUUCUCCAGAAUGUCCUCGUCUUCCAUCAUUCAUACCAAAUGGAUUUGUUGGUGGGAAUGGAUCGGUGGAGGGAUCUCAGUACAGGUUCAGUUGCAAGGGAGGAUAUUCUCUUGUGGGGGCAAACACCCUUCAAUGUACCGAUCAGGGAAACUGGAAUGGCUCCGUUCCUACGUGUCUCAAAGGUACGGACGCAUGAGAGUUCGAUUAUUUUAAACUCCACCUAUGUAGCACUUUCUGUUAAUUACAUGAUAAUGUAAGUGCCAAGUGGAGACCUGCCAGAGUUUUUGUGUUACUUCAUUUCACUCGUUUUUGUGCCCCGCUUCCGAUGCCUGAAACCAUUUUCCUGGUGCUUGAGAAAUUCAAGAGAUAUCUAUCCCUAGUUUUUCCUAAAGGAACCUUGUGUGAUUCGUAGCCCGCAAUUCGCUGAAUAUACCACUUGUCACAGGUUUAGUUUUCAAGAAAAUGAAUUUAUCAUCUCAUGUUUCCUGUCCAUGGUUGUUACGUUGCGCGCUAUCAUGAAGCAAAGUGAUCCUUGAUUUUUCUUCAUUUCUUUUUUUUCUCCCCCUGAAUUAUACGAGUUUUUCGGAUUUUUCAUUUUAAGUAAUCUUAUUUUCAGAAUGUCCACAACUGCCGUCAUCAAUACCUAAUGGAUUUGUCAACGGCUCAGGUUUCUUGGAAGGCUCCGUGUAUGGAUUUAGUUGUUUGCAGGGCUACUCCCUUAUUGGAGAGAAAACGUUAGUUUGCUCUGUGGGCGGAAACUGGAAUUCCAGCCUUCCCAGCUGUCUCAAAGGUAGCUGUAAUUAAGUGGUAAAAAAUAACCGCAAAAUGAUUACAUUCAAGGGUCUACAAAAACUCUUUAAGAUAUUCGGCAUGACAAAACCUUUAAAUAUUAGUUAACAGUACUGUAAUAGCGCUACUUUUUUUUUUAUCUGACCCUCGUUAAAAUAUCGAAGAAACUAUUGUGAACUGAUAUGCCUGACUAAGAAAUAUUGUGACAGUAUCUGAUCCUAUUUUCCAAGCAAGACAAGCUCUAUUAUGGGGGGAGGGGGUUGGAUAAAGGAGUUGUUACGGUCUAGGAAUAAAUAAGUGUUUACGUAACGAAAAAUUCGUUGUGUAUGGACUAUGUUUAGUUUUGGUCACAUAGUUUGCAGCAAUACAAGAGUCACCGAGUGAUUUUAUCUAAAGUUUAUCCUGAAGAGUCAAACAUUGUGGCAAGUUUAUUUCAGUUGUUGUUGGUUCGAUCGCCACAGAUUGUCCAGACCUUCCGUCGUCCAUACCGAAUGGAAAAGGAAACGGAACUGGUUCCGUAGAGGGCUCCAAGCAUCAUUUUACUUGCAAUGAGGGAUAUUCACUGGUUGGACAGAGAGCUUUACAUUGCAAUAACACAGGUGCCUGGAAUGGCUCUGUGCCUGUGUGUCUUAUAGGUAGUGUAUCUAUUAAUGUUUGCCUAUGAAGUAACGUAAAAUUACCCUUGCUGAACAAGAGUUCUGAUAAAAUGAAUACUGAGGUUUACUAAUUACCAUCACCCUAAUUUUUCAUAAUGCAAAGACUCUACUGUCUAUUAGAUUGUUAUUGCUGUCAGGUAAGUAACACGAGGUUAUAAUCAGCAGUACAAACCUAUACAGUUUUCAAACUGACUCAUAAAAAACUUAUCGGAUACAUUUUUGGAAAUCUUCACACAGAUUGUCCUAAGCUGCCAUCUGAAAUAAAAAAUGGCGAAAUAAAUGGAACAGGUUUCGUAGAGGGAUCAUUGUACAAAUUUAGCUGCAACGAUGGUUACUCUAUCGUGGGUCAAGAUCUUCUGUAUUGCACUCAAAUGGGAAGAUGGAACGCAGGUGUCCCCCUUUGUCUCAGAGGUAAGUGCCUUUUGAAUUGUUUGCGUAAUGUUGUAUGCAAAGUAAAAGCCUGCAGUCGAGCUAAGUCAUCCAUCCAGCCGUAGCUUAUCCCGUUUUCUGUAAAAUGAAGCGACGAGGAAUAUUGCCACUCUCAUCCUGAAAGUUUGAGUUUUCUUGAAAGUUUGCCGGUGCCGAUUUUUACUUCUAGGUGAGAGAGGCAGCACCAUGAGAAUAAAGUGUUCUGCCUAUGACCAUAUAGCUCAAUGGCCCGGCCAAAUCUUGAACCCAGACCUCUCGACCCGGACUUCAGCGCGCCAACCGCUAGGGGACCGGAUCUCUAAAAAUGUCUUGAUUUUUUACUAUGAAUCAUUCUCGUGAUUUAAAGCUAUAAUUAAAGGGCUUUUGAAUGUCAUUACAUGUGUCUUUCAGAAUGUCCUAUCCUACCGCCUUCUAUACCGCAUGGUUUCAUCCAGAGCGGAGGCCACCACAAGAGUCUUGGUUUCUUCAAGGGUAAAGGCUAUUUAGAGGGAUCCCAGUAUCAGUUUAGCUGUGAAAAAGGGUACUCACUUGUUGGUGCGGAAAAUUUAGUUUGCACGGAUGCUGGGAUAUGGAAUGACUCGCUUCCCUCCUGUCUUAGAGGUACGUGCAUAUUCACAGUCAACCGAAAUGUUUAGCCCUAAUAUGACAGUGCUAGCCUCUUGUCAACUGAGGUCUGUCUUCCUCUUCUGGACCUUGUUAAAAAUCUUGGUUGUUAUUGUUAAGGAUAAUCAUCCUGUUAGUUGAACUGUACGGGAGUGUUCUCUACGUAGGCAACCUUAUUUUGUUAUUCCCUAGAGUGCCCGGUGCUUCCCUCAUUGUUGGCAAAUGGCUUCAUCCAUGGAAGUGGCUCAUUGGAAGGUGCUCAGUACAACUUCAGUUGUAAGCAGGGGUAUUCUCUAAUUGGUGCGGACACAGUAGUUUGCACGGAUGCCGGGGAGUGGAAUGGCUCACUCCCAACCUGCCUAAUAGGUAUAUGAGAAAUUGAUUUUCGGUUACUAAUCUUACCUCCCUCAUAUGGGAUAAUUACGUUAUUAAAUUUUGUAUUUGUCGUCUUUUUAUCUAGAGUGCCCAAAACUUUCUUCGAAUCUUGCAAACGGAGCAGUUAAUGGAUCAGGUCACGUGGAAGGGUCUAUGUACAAUUUUAGUUGCAUGGAUGGUUACUCUAUUGUCGGACAUGAUACUUUAUUUUGUACUAAAAUGGGUGUAUGGAACGCCAGUGUCCCUAACUGUCUUAGAGGUACAAACAAAAAUCACUUUACAUAGUAACAAUGUAUUGCCUAUUAAUUGUUGUGGAUGUAACAAGCAGUUUCUAUUACAUUUAGUAUAUAUUUUGCUAUUCGAACUCUUGGUAAUUUUGGCUUUUGUCGUAUGAAAUUGGAUAUUCCUCCUUCUGGCCAUGGACCCAGAUUGAUCUUAGUUCGAUUGUGUGGUUUCACAUCCCGGUUGGAAGAGCAUGGUAACGGUAUCGCAGUAUUCCUGUGUUACUACCCCACCGAAGCCUUUACUGUUUGCAGGUUUUUUGUCUUAUUGCGUCAGUUGGGAAUUUAAAGAUCGAGGUUAAUUUUAAACAAAGAACAUAUCUAUGUCUAUUUUCCAGAAUGCCCAGUUCUUCCCUCAUCAAUAUCGCAUGGUUUUGUUAACGGUAGCGGCUCAUUGGAAGGUAACCAGUAUAAGUUCAGUUGUCAGGAGGGCUACUCUCUUAUUGGUGCGGACACAUUAGUUUGCACGGAUUCUGGUGUGUGGAAUAGCUCGCUUCCAACCUGUCUCAUAGGUAUGUCAAGAAUGUGUGGUCAAAGGUCAAUCCUUUCCUUUGAUAAAGGGAGUUUGCUAGAUAUUAACUACUUACAUUGACUUUUCGAUUUAUUUCUCUUGCACUGGAACUCUUGGGAGAGAAAUGAUAUUUAUUGUUAGAUUUAGCCAUCUAUAGCCUGUGUUUUCCAAUUUUUUUUCUUCAUAAUUUGUUCCCUUGAUAGAAUGUCCCUCAUUGGCUGCUGGCAAGGACAAUGGUUAUAAACAUGGCCGUGGGUCGAACAAACUGCCGGAACAAUGUCUGUGGUUGCCCAUAACGUGUUCCUCAGUGAUAUUUAUUUUUAGAUUUAGCCAUCUAUUGCCUGUUUUCCAAUUCUUUUUUCUUUAUGUGAUUUUUCCCUCGAUAGAAUGCCCCUCACUGGCUGCUGGCAUAGAGAAUGGUUAUAAACACGGCCGUGGGUCCGUGGAAGGCUCUUCGGUCUGGUUUAGCUGUGCUAAUGGUUAUUCUCUAGAAGGAAACAGGUACCUCCAUUGUGAUGAGAAUGGCCAAUGGAAUGGUACAACACCUUCUUGUCUAAAAGGUAAGUAAAUAUGUUUUAAAUUUAAAUUUGAUGAAGACAUGCUCACAAGAUAAACCAUGACCAUUGGGAAUAACUCUUAAAGCAGCCAAUACCACUGCUCUAUUACUGUUAAAAUUACUUACCUACACACGAGUUUAGACGCUUACCUAAGAACAUUAAUAUGUCAGAAAGCUGUACGCUAACACAGCUACACAUUCUUUUUCUAAGAUUGUCCUCAAAUGAACCGCACUCUAGAAAACGGGCACAUUGAUGGUAAUGGAUCCACAUCAGGUGUAGUGUAUAGCUUUCUUUGCGAUGAAGGAUACAGCAUAGAUGGAGAAACCUCGCUGCGCUGUGAUGAAAAGGGACAAUGGAAUGGUAGCAUUCCUGUAUGUUUAAAGGGUACGUUAAACUCUCAGUUUCCUGUUUGAUUUCAUUUUGCAACGGCCGACCUGUUAUGCACUAAUGCUUUGUUAUAAUUGACACCAAAUCGAGUUGUGUCUCGCAAAAAAUUAGAAAUUAGUUGUAGCAACAGUAGUAACAAAGGAAGUAGUGGCAUUAACAGUUAACAGUUCUUUUGGUAUUGGUGGUGGUGGAUGUUUUGCUGGUUGUGAAAGCGGUGUUCCCAUAAUGCUCUUCAUAGAAGGAGGGUAGGUAGCAAUAGCGAUGUUAAAGUUAUCUGCAUUCGUGGCAUAGUUGGUAGUGAUGAUUAUUGCUUGACUGCGGUGGCAGCGGUGAUAUUGGCAACUAUGGUGAUUGUGUAGUGUUGAUAGUUUUGAUGCCAAUUAAAAUCAUUUUAAUGUGAGUGGUAGGGGCUGCGUCAUCUUGGUGCGAGUGCGUGAACUAAUAGCAGUGGUGGCAGUGUUCCAAGCAUAGAUAAAAAUACCUCUGAAAGUCUUUUAUAUGUACUUCCCCCCUUACUGAACAACUUUCAAUUUACCUCAGCUCAUACAGAUAAAGAAGAAAAGGAUACAAACGGCUGGUACCUUAACGUCCUGAAUGGUGUCGCAAUCCUAAUUCUGAUAAUCGCAAUUGGCCUGUUGGUAAUUUGGUGUCGACGGAGAUCAGGUAAAAAAGAUACAACAACCGCGAAGGGUGACGAAGAGGCAGAAUUGGAAGUUGUGAAGGGACCUAAA